GCACUGGAAGUUAUGAUACUCCAAACAUUAAAGCGUCUCGACGGGCCUACUCUUGUAACUUUUUUCGGGCCUUCUAUUCGUCAAAUUGUAAGAGAGGAGUUUGCAUUGGCACAACAGGAGCUUUUGACAAGCAAGAAAGAGAUCCCAGUAAACAAGGCAAGUACUUCAUCGGUUCUGAAAAAUUUAAAGACACAGUUCAGAACUAGGGUUUCCCAGCCAGUCUUCACUGGAAUGCCUCUUGUAGGAGAGAACAAGACACCCAUUGAAAUAGCCUUGGUUGAUGCUGACACUGAGCAGAUAGUGAAUACUGGGACUGAAUCUGCACUGAAACUGGAAAUAGUUGGUUGUCGGGUAGGUGAUGAUGAUUGCGAAAAACGAAGCUGGACAUUUGAAGAGCUCCAAAACAGUAUUCUUGGUGAAAAGAAAGGGAAGCGAAUCCUCCAAGGAGAUACUUGUGUGCAGCUAAAAGAAGGCAUUGGUUUUGUCGGUGAGAUUUCUUUUACUUUUAACUCAACACAUACCAAGAAUGGUUGGUACAAAUUAGGGGCAAUAGUUGGGGAUGCUGCUUUAAUGAAUGGAGUGGAAGUAGCAUGGACAGAAUCCUUUUUGGUGAAGGACCGGCGUGCAACCUAUUCUGUAAAACACCCCUGCCCAUCUUUAUUCGAUAAGGUGUGUCAUUUACAACAGAUCAGCUAUUGUGGUAAUCGCUAUAAACGUCUGAAAGAUGCAGGAGUGAAUACUGUGAAGGAUUUGCUGACUCUCCUCCACACAGAUCCAGAACGACUCAAAGAUACUCUUAAACCAAUAACUCCUAAGAGCUGGGAUGACAUUGUAAACCAUGCUCAGAAGUCCGAUGGUAUGUUUGUGUACCUUGAUCCAAGUAAUGAACGAAAUGGUGUGGUUCUUGAUGUCAAGCUACAAUUGAAAGGAUUAAUAGUAGAAUCUGAUCAGUACUUACUGGUUGACCAGCUAUCCAAUAAUCAAAAGGUAGAGGCUAAAAAAUUAAUAAAGUUUGCAUGCGAACACUUAGAAGUGCUCCUCCCUGUCAAAGAUGAGACCUCUCUCAUAGAACAUCUUCAGUCGGGCACCGGUUUCAGCUCAUUACCUUCCAACCAAAGUUUGGGGACUUCCAUGAUAAAUGAUACCUCUUCACGGGCCACUUGUUCAUUCCCCAGUCUCAUUGGAGCUCCAGACAAUUUGGAUAGCUCCAACUUGCACACGGGUGAAAGCACGAAUCAGGCACCUGCGGUAACCUCUCAAUCUGAACGGGGGAAAGAGAAGGCCCCUUUUGAUGAUGAAUUGAUUUAUUGUCCAGAUGACUAUCAGGAACAUUUUUGCUUUCAUCCAUCUGAUCUGGAGGGUCCAAACGAAAAUCAUGCACAUUAUCCUCCUACAGAGACAGGUACCAGUUUCAGCCCAUUACUAUCAUCCAAUCAAAGUUCAAUUGAUAGACCACGAAGACCUUCGGAGUGCAACAUUAUAGUAGCUUCCCAUAAGAAAAGGCGAUUUGAUUACCCACAGAUUGCAUAUUCUCCAGAGAUGGAUAUGCAGUAUUUAUUGGAAUCCUGGAUUUGUGACUCCAGUCAAGAUGUGGAUAUGCAGUAUUCUGGUAGAUGUGAUUUGGAGGUGGACCAGGCAUGUGCACUUGCUGGGUUUUCCCUUUCUUCCAUUGUUAAAGCUCAGAGGAGAUGGAAGAUUGUGUCGAGUGUCGUAGAAUGGUUCUCGCUCAUGUCAGAGAUACGCAAGAGAGAUGUCAUCAAACCCUGCAGCGAUGGAAACAUGGUGGGUGUAAUUGCUGCUGGAUUUAAUUAAACAUUGUCAUCGUGUGCAUAGGACCAGGUAGUUUUGUAAGAUGCAUAUGUAGUAGAUAGGGGUCUGGGUGAAAGGUCAUUAAUAAAGUUUGCAUACAGGUUCAGUACAAACAUGUAUGUAAUGUGCAUGUGUUUGGGUGCACUUGGUUACUAUGUAUUUUGUUGAGGUGUCUUUGGGUCCGGGUAUUCGUUUCCGUUAGCAUGUAUAGUUACAAGUACAACUAUUA